AACAGAAGCACCUGUCAGCUGUGCAGCAUGCGCUACUACAGCUUCUCAAUGCCUGCUCACACGCUCUGAGGCAAGUGCUCAUCUAGCAUUCUCUGCAAAAACUCCUAACCUCAGUUUUCUGAGGAGCUCCAGAGGCUUGUGGCUGAACGCUUGCCAAUGUCAAUUCCUGCCAACUUUGAAGUUGUGAUUUGAAAAGGAAAAAAAAAAAAAAAAAGUUUCAUCAGGUUCAUUGGGAUAAGAAACAAGAGAGAGGAGAUCAUGUCUCUGGACGUGAAGGAGAAGACAGAGGUACGCCUGGUGUUCAUGGGAGCGGCCGGCGUGGGGAAAACGGCUCUGAUCCAGCGCUUUCUGCAGGACAGCUUCGAGCCCAAGCACCGGCGCACAGUGGAGGAGCUUCACAGCAAGGAGUACGAGGUGGGUGGCAUCAAGGUGACCAUUCACAUCAUGGACACCAGCGGCAGCUACUCCUUCCCGGCCAUGCGCAAGCUCUCCAUCCAGAACGGGGAUGCUUUCGCCCUUGUGUACUCGGUGGACGACCCAGAGUCGCUGGACGCCGUCAAGAGCCUGCGGGAGGAGAUCCUGGAGGUCAAGGAGGACAAGUUUACGCCCAUUGUGGUGGUGGGCAACAAGACAGACCGACAGGGCGAGCGCCGGGUGUCAGCUGAAGACGUGCUUGCCACGGUCGAGCUGGACUGGAACCACUGCUUCCUGGAAGCCUCGGCCAAAGAGAACAACAACGUGCUGGAGGUGUUCCGCGAGCUUCUCCAGCAAGCCAACCUGCCCAGUCGUCUGAGCCCCGCCCUCUGCCGUCGCAGAGAGACGUUCCCCAAGAACAUUGGAGCACGGCCGCCAAUGAACAAGACCAACAGCUGCACUGUCUCCUAAAGCCCGAGGGGACAGGGGGUGAGAGGGGAGGAGGAGUCUGUACAAAGCCCUAAGGCAGGGGACAGAAAAGGCUAUUAAUCUAAAAAAAAAAAAAAUAAUAAUAAUAAUAAUAAUAAAUCAAUUAAAAAAUAAUAAUAAGCUUGUUAAACUGCAAACUCCUCACAAUCUGUUGAACCUUCCAAACUCAGCAUCACUGUCAUCAUCCCAGCAUUGACAACAGCAAAGGUUUUAAAGAGAGACACUGACCGCUGAUAAGGGGAGGAACAAGGAGAAAAAGACAAUGAUGAGCUUUUACUCUGUGAGGAAAACGCAGGAACUUUCGAAGACCGUUGCUGGACAUGCUGAAUGUUGUGGCAGUUUUGACGCUGCGUUAAGCCUGUGAAGCUCUGAUGCGAGAUCAAUGUAAAGUGUCAAGCUGAUGCAGCUGUGCCAAGUCUGAAUGGUGUAAAAGUGUCUUUCAAAAAAAAAAAAAAGUAUUCUGAUUACAGUCAAGUUGUGUGGGCUGUAGCAUAAACUAGUCUAAAUAUAAACCAAUCGAUCUGAGCCAUGGUGUUUCUUUUAAGUUUCUCAUUUCUCGGUAUCAUGCUCGUCACCAUCCACAUGCACUUUUGAUAUUCUAAAAGACGUCUUAUGUUGCACAUUUUUUUAUGUUUUGUUACUCAAAUCAACAAAUAAAUAUUUUAAAAA